GCAGAAGGGGAAAAGAAGAUCUGAGGCUGGCUGCCAGAGAAGCAUUGCUGAGUGUAAACACUACAGGGCAUCUCUGAGUGCUGUUAUCAUAUGGAGCCCGAAAGUAUUUGUAGUUUGCGACUCUGCAGUCAGGAGCAGUCUUGCAAGCAAGGAGUGUUUAUUGUGGAUUUUCAGUACAGAGAAAACUACAGCCAAGCUGACCAGAAAGACUGGAAUUUCAUCUAUCUCUCUCCCCUCCCCCUCUCUGCUUUCUCUCUGUCGCUCACUCAUUGGAUUUCUUUCUCUGCCAGUCUUUUAAAACAGAAAUUACUGGGUCAGUGACAUACAUUUUUUCCUCUUUUCCUAGUAUGAGCUCAUGUUUCGCCUCCAGCAGAAACACUACUACCUGAUUAACAAACCUUGAAAGGACUCUGAGAACACAUUCAUCAUUUUGUCAGGCGUGACCAGUGAAUUUUAUAAAAACCUAAGUGUAUUUUGAAAGGGUCCUGCCCAAAUUUCAGUCAAGAAGGACCUAUUAAUAGAAAACAUAUCAUACAUUUUUACCUGUGGCUAAUAAUGCCUUCGUUAUAUGGUGAAACUCUGCUGGUGGAGAAAGAAGACUCCUUUUGUUAAGAAAUUUUUUUACUGGUGAAAAAGGCUGGCACCCCCUUGUAAUAUGAAGCCCAUUGAGAAAAGCUGGUUGUUUCUACUGCUGCCUGUCAUGUUAAGAGCUGUGUGCUCCUCCUUUAUUAGUUUGAACCUUGGGGUUAAAGUGAUGAAGGGGCAGUCUGUCUUCCUGUCAGAAGAAGACCUCAAGUUUUCCAUACCCAGAGAGAAAGAUGUCUGCAAAGUAGAAGUUGUGAUUAAUGAGCCAAUAACACAGAGGGUUGGGAAACUAACUCCACAGGUUUUUGACUGUCACUUCCUUCCUAAUGAAGUCAAAUAUACCCACAAUGGAUGUCCAAUUUUAGAUGAAGACAUGGUCAUGCUCAGGCUGUACAGGUUUACAGAAACUGAAACGUUUGUAGAAACAUUCACCCUCCAUGUGCAGUUACUUGAGCCAGACUGUAACAUCAUAAAAAUGCGUUCCCAUGCUUUGGAGGUCCCUGAAUACCACGGUCUGUCCAGGGUGAUUGACAAGAACAUCCUCACCUUUGAUUAUGACAGGAAGAUAAACCUGGAUUGCACCAUUUCCAUAAUCUCUUCGGAAACUCACCUGCCUGCUCAUGGCCAGCUUGUCACCAGGAAAGAGCAGCAAGAGCAGUUUCGUGGAGAUCAGCCAUUCUUCCCUGGCACUAAGCACAGCCUGGGACAACAGUGCGGAAAUGGGAGCUGUACACUGGGACUAGGAGUCAUUAACAACAAAAAAAUGAGCUGUGAUGAAUUUCUGAGGAUGGGCAUUCAGUAUCGACACCUUGACCCCCCCUCGCCUGACACUGAUUAUAUUCCUGUGAGGUUGGAUCUCUCAGAUAGCAGAAGCAAAACUCUGCACAAGACGGAGUAUGCAUGGCUCCCUGUUCAGAUUAAAGGUGCUGUUCCCAACCAAACACCCAAAGCUGCCCCAAUGGCAAAGUUCACCCUGGAAGUAGAUCAAUUUAUUUUAACCCCUAUUACAACCACAACCAUUGAUGCUGAAGACAAUGAAACUCCAAAGUCCCUGCUUGUAUUCAAUAUUACCAAGCCACCUCCACAGGGCUUUAUCACUCACCUAUCUGACCACACGAAACCUGUUGGCUCCUUCACUUGGAAAGAUCUCAAUGACAUGCUCAUUGCUUAUCAGCCUCCAAAUAACAGCCACACAGAGAGGAGGAAUUAUGAGGUGGAGUUUGAGGUUCAUGACUUCUACUUUGAAAGGAGUUUGCCAAUCACUGUGCAUCUUUCUAUCAGAACAACAGAUACAAAUGCCCCUCGGGUUUCAUGGAAUACAGGCCUCAACCUCCUAGAGGGGCAGUCCCGACCCAUCACAUGGCAACACUUCCAAAUAGUAGACAAUGAUGAUAUCCAAAAUGUUCGCUUGGUCACAGUUGAUGGCUUACAGCAUGGGCGGCUGUCAGUGAGAGGAGGGAAAGGAUUCAUGUUCACAGUCUCUGACAUUCACGCUGGAGUUGUUCACUACCAUCAUGAUGACAGUGAUUCUACUAAGGAUUUUGUGGUAUUUAGAAUUUUUGAUGGCCCCCACAGCAUUCGCCAUAAGUUCCCAAUAAAUAUCCUCCCUAAAGAUGACAGCCCUCCAUUUCUGAUCAGCAAUGUGGUCAUUGAAGUUCACGAGGGACAGACAAUCCUGAUUCAGGGCUCCAUGCUUCAUGCUUCUGACAUGGAUUCCAGUGACGAUUACAUACUAUUCAAUAUUACCAAGCCAUCACAGGCUGGAGAAAUCAUGAAGAAACCAGGACCAAACUUGAUAGGGUAUUCUGUCAACAGUUUUCUUCAGAGGGAUCUAUUUAAUGGAAUAAUUUAUUAUCAUCAUUUGGGAGGAGAAAUAUUUGAAGAUUCCCUUGAGUUUGUGCUAUGUGAUAGCCAUGACCCUCCAAACCUCUCAGAGCCACAGGUGAUGGUGGUUCACAUUAUCCCUGUGGAUGAUCAGCUACCCAGAGAAGCUCCAGGAGUGACCCGUCACCUGGUUGUUAAGGAGACUGAGAUUUCUCAUCUAACAAAGAAACAUCUCCACUUCAUAGAUGUGGAAGAGCAAGACAGAGAGCUCACAUACACCGUAACCACUGCCCCAUUUUUCUCUUGCACCCAUGGCUACUCGGAUGCUGGGAAGCUGUUUAUGGUGGACACCAUCCCCAAACUGGUCAAGGAUCCUGCUGCUCUUGCACUGCAGUCAUUUACUCAGCAUGCCGUGAACUAUAUGAAAAUUGCUUACAUGCCACCCCUGCAGGACAUCGGACCUGAACCUCAGCAAGUCCAGUUUAUUUUUUCUGUCAGCAAUCAGCAUGGAGGCACUUUGUAUGGGAUCUGCUUCAAUAUUACAAUUCUUCCUGUGGACAACCAAGCCCCAGAGGUCUUUACAACCCAUUUGAGAGUGGAAGAGGGUGGCAUGACCUCUGUUACAGAGGGACACAUUCUCAUCUCUGACGCAGACACAAAACGAGAGCAUCUCUUCCUGCUCCUGCUGAGGCAGCCGCAGCAUGGGGUGGUGGAGCUGGAUGGCAUUCCCAUGAAUGGAGGUGACAGGCUUUCCUAUGAGGACCUGCGUACCCUGGCAGCCAGAUAUCGUCAUGAUGGCUCUGAGACUCUCACUGAUGAUGUUUUCUUUGCAGCCACAGAUGGCAUCCAUUUUGUAAAGUUCACUCUGCAGGUCAAGGUGUUGCCUGUGAAUGAUGAGCUACCUGUUAUGCAAACAGGCCUUGUUCCUGUGCUCCACUGUCUAGAGGGUGAAGAAGUGGUUCUCUCCUCCGAGUACAUUUAUGCCACAGAUGCGGACAGCGAUGACAUGGACCUGAUGUUCGUGUUGGCCCACCAGCCCUACCACGGGGUAGUGAGGAAAGCUGGCGCUGCUGUGGAUCAUUUCUCACAAGCUGAUGUCAUUGCUGGUUUAGUCACAUACAAGCACACUAGUGGGGAGAUUGGCCUGACUCCUUCCAUUGAGAUCUUAACCUUAAUUGUCUCUGAUGGUGAGGCUGGCCUAGAUGUGAAAGACUGCUGCUAUGACGGACCUCCUCCUCCUCCAGUUUCACGUCAUGAUCCAUUUCCCCUCUAUGACCUUAACAUCACUGUACUUCCAGUGGACAACCAGCCUCCAUCAAUUGCAACUGGUGCAAGCUUUGUGGUGGAGGAGGGCUCCUCAGCAGCCCUUACUACCAACCAUUUGUUUGCCACUGAUGCUGACACCCCUGCAGAUGACUUAGAGUUUGUGUUGGUUUCUCCUCCCCAGUUUGGUUACAUUGAAAAUAUACUGCCUUCUCCUGGUUUUGAGAAGAGCAACAUCGGAAUAAGCAUAGGUUCAUUUCAGCUGAAGCACCUGAAAGCCAUGAAUAUAAACUAUGUUCAAGCCAGGCACCUGAGAAUGGAGCCAACAGCAGACAAGUUUGUACUUUAUGUCACUGAUGGGCUGCAUCGCUCAGCAGAGACUCCAUUUUUUGUGCUAAUCAGCCCAACCAAUGAUGAAGUUCCAGAAUUCAUAGCCAGGAAUAUUACUGUUCAAGAAGGGGAGAUGAAAGAGCUGGAUCUGUCUGUUAUCAAUGCAGUUGAUCUGGACGUGCCUCCAGACCCUCUGGUAUUUGGGGUUGUGCAGGGGCCCUUGUAUGGGUUCCUUAUUAACGGUGCUCAAGGCAGUGAUAUUCUACAUUAUAAAGACUUAAUUACCCGUGAUCACCACAGCCAUGGGUUGCUUGUUCAUAACUUUUCCAUGGAGCUACUGAAGAACGGAAUGAAGCUGAUGUACAUGCACGACAACUCUGAAAACCUCACUGACAGCUUUAAAAUUCAGCUAUCAGAUGGAAAACAUAAAGUCCUCAGAACCAUUUCAGUAAAGGUCAUUCCAGUUAAUGAUGAGAAACCAGUGCUGAGCAAGAAGAACGAUAUAGAGGUGAACAUAGGUGAAACUCAAAUAAUUUCUAGCGCUAUUCUGUCAGCAGAAGAUAAAGAUACCCCCAGAGGAAGAAUUUACUACUUAUUUGAAAGACUUCCAGAAAAUGGUCAGCUUCAGCUCAAGGUAGGACAAGACUGGGUCGUUCUCCAAACUGGAAUGAAGUGCUCUCAGGAAGAGCUGGAUAUGAACCUUGUGAGAUAUGUCCACACAGGAACUGUGGGGUCCAAGAAACAAGACAGCUUCACAUUUUACCUCUGGGAUGGGUACAACAGAUCCCCAGCUGUGGACUUCUACAUAAAUAUCAAGGACUUGGAAAAGGGAGACAUUGCUGUUUUUACAAAACUCCUUAGAGUGACAAAAGGAGGUCGCAGCUACAUUACAACUGACGUCCUCCUUGCGCUGGACGGUACUGACAAGCCAGAGGAGCUCCUUUACGUGAUAACCUCCCCAGCCCAGUACGGGCAAAUAGAGUAUGUCAGCUAUCCUGGCAUCCCCAUUACGAGCUUCAGUCAAAUGGAUGUAGCACGACAGAUCGUCUGCUACGUUCACAAAGCCAAGGCAGUUGUUCAUGAAGAUACAUUCAGAUUCAUCAUCAGCAAUGGAUUGAGGACGAAGCAUGGGACAUUCAAGAUCUUCUUGGAGGCAGCUGACCAGGCUUUGCCCACACUAUCUAGGAACACGGGGUUAAGAUUAAUGGAAGGAGCUACAGCACUUCUAACGCCUGAUGUCCUGCAGCUUUCAGACCCAGAUACUGCGAAAGAAAACCUUACCUUCCUCUUGGCUCAGCUCCCCCAGUACGGUCAUCUCUAUUUUCGUGGGGUUGUGCUACUGCAGUACAAUUUCACACAGCAAGAUGUGGACAACAGGGAUGUUGCAUACAAGCACCGAGGUGGGAAUUCCCAGACUGACAGAUUUACAUUUGUUGCCACAGAUAGGACUAAUCAAGGCUUCAUCGUGAAUGGGAGGGUGCAGAGCGAGCCAGUGGCAUUCACCAUUCAGGCAAGUGUGACCACAGGCCUACUUAAGAGAGAUAAACAGCAUGAUAAGGUGGAUCAUUUGGACAAAAUGGCACCAAAAAUUAUUCAUCUCCAUUGCUUUUCUGAUGUGGAACUGCUGAAGAAUGGCAAUUAUGGGAUCUAUAUUACUGCCAGGUACCUGAGGGCAUCUGACCCCAAUACAGAAGAUGACAAAAUAAUUUUUAAGAUUUUGCGAGGUCCUCAUUAUGGAUACCUGGAAAAUAUAACAACAGGUGGAUUCAUUCAGGAAGGAUUUAGCCAAAAGGAUCUAAACAGCAAAAUCAUACUUUAUGUCAUCAACCAAUCACGAGAAGCAAAUUCUGACAGUUUGGAGUUUCAAGUGACAGAUGCCAGCGGAAACUCUGCGGUGCCCCAAAGGCUGGAGCUACGGUGGUCUCGGAUUGAAAUGCUACAGACUGAAUAUGAGGUGUGUGAAAACAUGGGACUGGUGUCCCUGAAAAUCUCCAGGGCAGGACACUUGGUGGAGCCUGCCUUUAUAACCGUGAAGGUCAAUGAAAUAUCUGCUAGGCUGGGGAAGGACUUCACAGUGACUCCCUCCAAGCUUGUUCAGUUUGAUCCAGGAGUGUCAACCAAGAUGUGGAAUAUAGCAAUUACCUAUGAUGGAUUAGAGGAAGACGAUGAAGUCUUUGAAGUAGUUCUGAACUCCCCUGUGAAUGCUGUUCUUGGCACACGGACAAAAGCUGUAGUGAAAAUUUUGGACUCAAAAGGAGGCCAAUGCAGCCAUUCCCGUUCUUCUGGCCAAAGCAAGCAUGACUUCUGGGGAAGACACACGCUGUUUCCAGUUUCCUCGGGCUCCUCAUCACCUUCCAGGCCUGGCAGUGUUUCCUUGGAAGGGAUCCCACUGCCUCCUUCCAAAGGGAUGACAGAGCAUGGAGGGGACCUGUGGCAGGAGCACAGCUUGGCAAAUCAGUCAAGGAUCAGGCUGAGAGUAACUGGAAAUGGCAGAAUAGUUCAUCCUUCAUCUGUAUUUAGAAAUGAAACAGAUGUUGUUUUCAAAUAUCAUGGGAUUGUAUCACUCAAAAUAGAGGAUGACAUCUCCUCAGCUGAAACCAACAAGAAGGCACAACUACAGAUAAAUGUCAUCUCCUCUAGGAAGGCAGAAAUCCCACAGGCUGAUAAGGCAGAACUUGCAUCUGAACCAAGAUUGAGACAUAAGGACUUUUUUCAAAAGGCCUGUACACCAGAUUUAAAGGGCCUCUUGCAUUAUGAAGAAAGCACUCAAAAGUUGUUUCAGUGUGAUGGGAUAACAUGGAAAUUCUGGAAUUCCCAAAGCAAGGAGGUAACCAUGAAGAAAUGUCCCUCCGGAUGGAGUUAUCAUGAGGGCAGCUGCUACUUCCUGGUAGUGAAUCACAAGGUCACCUGGAACACUGCUGCUCGGGCUUGCAGAGAACAAUACCUGGGGAGUCUAACAAGUGUGGCUAAUGAACAACACAUGCAGUGGCUGUGGGACUUCAGUGGGAGGAUGCCCUUUUGGAUAGGUUUGAAUGACCAAGUCAAUCCUGGACAUUGGGAGUGGAAUGGAGGAGAACCUGUAACCUACAUAAACUGGAGAAGAAGCUCCUACCACUUUCCAAUGAGAGGAAGAAACUGUGUAUUUGUGCAGAAGCGAGGAAAAUGGCAAGCAACUGACUGCAAGAAGGUCAAACCAAGCAGCUAUAUAUGCUCAAGAAAGUUCUAAUGGAUGGAGGAUGCCUCUGAAAGCAUAAGCACAUUCAUGCUAUUUCAGUGGGUUAUCUGCAGUUAGAAAACCAUCCUAAUUAUCAGCAAGGCCUAUUUUAUGCUGCCAGAGGUGCAGAUGCACUGGCCUCUAACCAAGGUAUAGAGAUCAGUUGCAAAAAUUAAGUCCAGGUUAAGGUUUUGAAAUCUCCCCAAUGACUUUGAUCUGUCACUUACUCAUAGGUAUUUUUAUGCCAAAGAGCUGGGUCUCAAGGCUUUCAUCACACUUCAGUGUAAAAGUAUUUUUUCUUUUAAAGAAAGAAUGUGUCAGUUGGUUUGCUUUGCUCUUAAGGAGGGGUUGUGAACUGCAGGUUUACUCUGCAGUCACAAAAAGAGGAAUACUGCUGGGGUUGGAAAUGAGGGCAAACAGUUGGCUAAAAGCAGAUCCUCUUGGGUGAUGACAGGGGUGAUGUCAUGUAGGUACUGGAGUUUCUUUGGUGGAUGCCCUAGUACAUCUUACAAAAGUACCAAUAGCUGGACUUUGGCUGGUGACAGAGUACCAACAGGAGCAAAGUCUUGUAUUUCUUCUACCUCCCAAGGCCAGCUUGAGAACCUAAUGGAUCUGCCCACACAGAGUUGCAUCUGUUUCACAUUCCUACGCAAAUUUUUUCUUUUUUUUUCGGGAAUUACAGGAUGGUGCUGUAGUUUUUAGUGUAAUUAAAUAAUGGGACAUCUCUAAACCUAAUGUUACAGCAAAUGACGAUUUAUUAAAAAAAAAAAAGUAAACUUAAUCCUAGGAUAUUAUCUUGGGAUAUUCACUGAUACAUGAACAUCAAUAGGAUUUAUAUGUGUGUAUAAACCAAUGUAAUCAUGAGACAUAUUUUGUAGUAAAGCAGCUAUGGCUUUUGAAAAGUAUUAAUCUAAGUCUUUAUUAGAGAUUUGAGGUAUUUAAAAAUCCAGAUUUACUUCAGAGAAAGGUUUAAAUCCCAGCAAGUAAUAGGAAAAAAACAGCUGGCCAGAACUUAUUAUUUUAGAUAUAUAUAGUUGCAGUAUAACCAUUUUGUAACAAUAUAUUAAAUUUAUACUUGACCUGUCAAAAGCUUGCUUUUGGACAUUUUUACUGCCAGCCUUAAAAUUACCAUUAGAAAAAAAAAAAAAAAGAUACAAGGAUCUGAGCAUAGGCUUCCUAAAAAAAAAGAAAAUUAAAGCUCCUCUCAACAGGAGCCAGUGUGUGACAGCUGUUUUGGAACUGAGCAGGGUGAAUUUGCCCUGUACUUAUGAACUCUCAUUCUCCCCAUCUGCCUGCCUGCUGCCAGCAGUUGAUCCCCCCCUUCCUCAUCUAUUCAGCCAGGCUCUAGAUCAGGUUUGCACCAGGGCUGCAAAACCUCCUUCUCGGGUUCCUCUCAGCAAUUUCUCAGUCCUGCAAGGGACAGACAGAGAAGAAUCACCUCUCCUCUCUGACCUGAAGGACACUGUUUCAGGGGUAAUAUAUAUUCCUCCUCUUUGCCUCUGUCAUGCAUAUGUUACUCAUCCUUCCUCCUUGCUAUGACAUGUUAAAUCAAAAUGUGAGUAGCUGAACAGCUUUUGUAUAUAGGAAAAAUCCACCCCGAAGGGACUGUUGCCAAUAAACAUGAGUGCAUCACAACAUCAGAGAAAAAUGUACUGGGGACAGAACGUCCUCACCUGUAUUGUUGCUAUCAACAGACGCAGACAAAAAUAUUUCCAGGAUUUCUCUCUUUUUUUUUUUUCAUGGUAAUAUUUAUGACAAGCUUCUAGACACUUUUGCUAGACACAAACUAUUCUUUUUAAGGAGUUUUCUAGGUCAACAUAGAUAUGCUACUUGUCUCCAAACCAAGUACUCCUGAAUCCCUGGUUUUAGACCUGAUUUUAUUUCUGAUAGUUUUCAUUACAGAAAAAAAAAAUCAGCAUCUAAAAAAGCACUCUUGAUAUCUCUUAGUGGUGUGUUCUGGAAUUCCAGGGAAAAUUGAUUGAGACAUAAACUUUUAUUUCUUUAGGGCCUUUUUUAAAUAAAAGCUGUAGAAUUUAUUGGUGCUAAUUUGAAAAAGCCUACUGAGAUACUUCAAAUACCUCUCCCAAUUAUUUAAUAAACUAAUGAUAUCAGCAGAGUGGGAAUUUUGACAAAGGUGCUUGUUACUUGAUCAGUAACUAAUAAAUUACUCAUGCCACCUGACACAACAGUGACUCAGGUUUGCUUCUGUGAGAGUAGGGGAAUUUUUCCCUUUUCUGUACUUCAUUUGAACUACUUUAAAAUGAUUGCAGAGUAUGAAGAUUUCACUACACAACAGACUCUUAGUGGUGCAAACUGCAUGAGUUUACCGGUUUAAUUUUAUCUAACACAAUACAAUAAUGAAACUAAAAUUCUUAUAUUGCAGAGCAAGUAUAUUUCUGCCCUGAAAGGCUGCUGAAUUUUUUUCCAAUACAAUUAACUGUUCCAAACAUUUACUAAUAAAUUUUAUUUUUUUUUGUGCUUAAAAAAGUAUUUUUUCACAGAUUUUUACAUCUUUUAUUUUUAUUAUUAGAAUACUGGAGUUCAAAGAACAAAACAUACUCAAAUCAGGGAAAGCACAAAUAAUUUAUUAUUUUUUCUGUUGACAUAGGAAAUUAUUUCUUCUAAGAAGUUUAGUAAAGGAUGGGCCUACAGUCCUGAGGAGCUUUGGGGAUUUUUUCAUCUUCAGUAUUUUUGGAUUAGACUCUGAGUAAACUCCAGGAAAGAUCAGUAUUUAGAGGAUCAGCAUCACCAAGAGUAUUUCAAAAGGCUGAAAGUAAGAAAAAGGAGUAUGUAAAUUCUGGUAUUCACAUACGGAUGCCACACUUUCUGGAUAAACAAAGGAUUAAUUUCACCAGAACUAUCCAUAUAUCCAUAUCCAAUAGAGGGAUGGGCUGUGUGAGUGCUGUGUGUGCUUGUCACUUUAAACUACCUUCACUCCCUGUCAAAUAUCUUUUAAAUAUGUCAAUAUUUCAAACAAAUUUGACAGAGAACUGGUUAACUCGAAGCCAAUGGUUAAGAAAAAAAUUGGAUAGCCAACAGGUCACAGGAUCACUUCUUCUGAACCAAAAUAUUCUACAACACUUGAGUUUUUAUUAAGUUUAUGUAUAUCAAGUAUUUAGCCUGAAAACUAUCAGAGAAGUUUUCCAGAUCUUCUUUCUACACAUGGAUACUUAGUUGAAUGUCUUCAAGUCUUUAUUCACUCAUGUUAUAAACAUAACUUUGAGAGAAUUAUGCGUAAGACUCAGUGAAUACCAGUGAUUCUACAUUAUUUACAUCACGUGACUGGUGCUGCUGUAAUUCUUCUAUUCAGAACACUAUGUAUAUUGUUAUGUUUAACUCUGUAAUGUGUGUUAAUAAAAACCCCAAAAUAUA